AGUUCAUUGGAUAGUGAUGAUAAUUUGAAAGAAACUGUUUCUAUACUUUAUAUUGUCUAGAUCUAGUUCAAAAUCAUGUAAUGCAUGCCAUUUGUUCACUUUUGAUUGACUCAUAAAAUGAAGCUUUGCUUAAAUGUGUUCGCUUUAGAAAAACGUAGAAUCUGUAUAGAUCUAGGGACGUGGUUACCCAGUAAUUAAACGUUUGCCUUCCAAACUGAGAGGUCGGUAAUCGGAUCUUUUUUUUUUUUUUUUUUGAAUGGCGUGAUUUUUAGGUAAACUGUAAUGUGUGCCAGGUUGGUUGCAGUGUUGACAAUAGUCUUCCACAGAAACAAAUGGAAAUGAUUAAAUAUCACCAGCCCCCAUGGAAUCGUACUCUAACUGUACAGCAUCCCCAACUAAUGCAAUGUCUGUGAAGGAAGACAUUUUUGAAACUUCUAUUUAAUGUGUAUUUUUAGUACUAAACAGGCCUUACAAUGAUCUACACAGUUCUGUCAUAUGUCAGUGAUACCACAUGCCUGGCUUUCAUUAUCAUAAUUUUGAUAGCGCUGUACUUCAGGUCAAGACAACCUACAAACUUACCCCCGUCUCCUGGAGCAGCUCUGCCAAUCAUUGGUCAUUUGUACAUGUUAGAGAAGAACCCAAGGAAGCAAUUCAAACAAUGGUCAGAGAAAUAUGGAGACGUCUUCACGCUACAAAUGGGACCUCAAAGAACUAUUUUUGUGAACACUUAUGAAGCCAUGAAAGAAGCUUUUAUUAAAAAGGGAGACUAUUUCUCAGACCGACAAAAUGAUAACUUCCUGGCAAAGCACAUACCGCAAUUCACGAACGGUGUCAUUUUAGCUUCGGGAGCUGACUGGAAAGCACAAAGAACAACAUCUUUAGCCAUUCUGAGAAAUUUCGGGAUGGGCAAAAAUAUUUUAGCUGAAAAAAUCACCGAGGAGAUAUCUUACUUCAUCAGAGAGCUGGCGAAAGCAAACGGAAAACCACGUGACAUCCGUUAUUUGACAAAUAUGAGUGUAUCUAAUGUGAUUUGUUCCAUUAUUUUUGGGAAACGUUUUCAUUAUGAUGAUCCGAAAUUCCAAAAGCAAAUAGAAUUGUUUACUGAAGUUGUUAAAACCAACACAGGAGUUUUACUUCUUAAUUUUUUUCCAAGUUUGUAUUAUCUUCCAUUUGAUCUCUUCAAAGGAAGACAAUUGAUGAAGCUCUAUUCAGAAGUACUAAGCCACACGUCUCAUAUGGUUGAGGAAAUACAGAAGUCCUACGAUCCGGAAAAUCUGGACAAUUAUAUUUUCGCCUAUAUUGAUGCAAUGAAAAAGGAAAAACUGUCAGGAGAGAGUUGCUAUUUGAGUGAGGUGAAUUUAGAACGCAACAUUGACAGUUUAUUUAUUGCUGGGUCAGAGACAACAAGUACUUCCAUUUUGUGGUGUCUGCUGUACAUGUUAAACUAUCCGGAAACCCAGAAGAACAUGUAUGAUGAACUAUUGGAGCAUGUAGGAACCGAACGUACGCCACAACUAGCAGACAAAUCAAAGCUGACCUACCUCACAGCUUUUAUAAUGGAAGUUCAAAGAAAGUCCAGCAUCGCUCCAAUAAGUUUUCCUCAUCUCUGUACCGAGAAUGUGACAUUGGCUGGAUACGCCAUUCCGAAAGGCACAUUGGUAAUGCCAAACAUUGAUGCUGUCCACGGAAGCAAAGAAAUCUGGGGCGAUCCUGACAACUUUCGGCCCCAACGAUUUCUCGAUGAGCAAAAGCGCAUUAUCAAGAGAGAAGAGUUCAUCCCCUUUUUUAUUGGCAGACGAAUUUGUCUUGGAGAAUCGUUGGCCACAAUGGAGUUGUUUUUAUUUCUGUCUACAUUGAUUCAGAAAUUUGAAUUUCUUCCAGCAUCCAGUGACAAAGUCCCACCUUUGUCUGAUACAUGGGGCUUAGUGUGCGCCCCUGAACCGUAUGAGAUUAGAUGCGUGGAAAGAACAAAAUGAAUUCAAUUUUUGUUCAAACGUUGACUUUCAAAGAAGCAUUGUGCAUGAAUCAUCUUAGUUACAGCGCUGCACAGAAUGUUGCUGAAGUCCCUGUGAUUAACAAGAAUCAGAACUAUGGGUAAAAGUUAAACGCUAGCUUUUUCUAACCUUUUUACGAUUUAUUUACUUAUUAAUACAUUGUAAUUAACAAAACUUUCGCGAAUAAUUUCUCACAUGUUCACAACAAUAAUUAAUUGCAUAGUUGCAAAUUUAAUUCUUAUGCAUUUGUUUUUUCAAAGCGUACUUGAUACCAGCGUGUGUCACAAAAUGAAAGUGUUUUGUUCAUUGAAUCUCCUAUAAAACGUAAUAGACGUACAACAGUAUAUCUGUUUUUAAAGAGAAAAAAGUAAAAGUUUAGUAAAGUAUUUUUAAAAAUGUACUUUUCUUCUUCCACUUUGUAGUUUUACUACGAGUAAAGUCGAAGACUCCUGAAGUCUAGGCCAAUGGAAGAAUUUUUGGGAAUUUCGUGCAAUAUUGACCUGGAAAGUAAAUUCAUGUUACGGCAUUCUACAUUAGUUUACGGACAUUAUUAAAAUAAAUAUACAAAAUCUGAAAUGCACUGUUAGGACAUUGAAGCCGGUUAAUAUUGAUAUUUGCAAGACAGAUUCCCCUGAUAAUCAAUUCGAUAUCUUAAAAAAAAUAAUAAUAAAAACAACAUGACGGAGCAUAUGCCUUUAAGUUUGAGCUUUGUAUGACGUAGACUGCUAACAAAAGAGCACAGCUAUUAGACAUUGGCGGUCGGGACUAAACAUUAUUCAUUCGGCAUUGUGAAGACCUUUAUUACUGUUGAAAAGAUCCAAUGAGCAAAGAACUAGAACAAAACAUCAAAUAGUUAAUAAGCGAAAUUAUAAAUUACUAUUAAAUUAGGACAUGCUAUGUGUUGGUGAUCACUGAAGUGAGGACUGCCAAAUGUUACAUAUUUAAACGCUUACUUUGGAACUAUUUCCUGUUUAAACUGGUUGCAAUACGCUUUAUAUAUAAAACAUAAGAGACUUCACUUUAUAUUCUAUUACUCCGAAAUGAAACAAUUCUCUCACCUGUAGAAGCUGUUUUUAGAUAUUGUAAAGUAUAAUAAAUACAUCUGAAUCAAGUUAACAUGACUAGUUAUUUUACUGUAUAACAUUUCUUUCAUGUUUGCCUUGUUUUUACAUUCAUUUUUUUCAUAUUUUUUAAAAAUAUAUUUUAAAAUAAAUGCAUGCAUUGUCUUUUAUACGGAUCUCGUGGCAAAGGGAACUAACCCAAGUGUUUGAUUAUUUGUGGACCUUGCACAAGAACAUUAAUAUGGCUAAACUAAAUCUAGAGAAACAAAAACUGAGUUAGCCCUCUUUGUUUACGGUUCAUGUCCAUUACAAUAAUUGUUACUCUUUAAUUUAUUUCUGUUUGUUAGAUAUUUUAUUUCAUUUGAAAAAAAAAUAAGGACAAUAAAACUAUUCAACAUCUUGAUAUUAAA